AUGCUUCCUCUCAAGCUCCAACUCGUUGCGCUGACCGUGCUGGGCCUCGCCCACGCCCUCGUCCCGCGCCAGGCCGAAACCUGCUCGCCCGGCCUCUUCUCCUGCGACGGCAAAUGCCGCGACUUACAAACCGACGCCCAGAACUGCGGCGCCUGCGGCUGGCCCUGCGCUCACAGCCUCUAUCCGGGAGGGACUUGUGAGAACGGCAAAUGCGUGUGUCCCGACGGCGGCCCGGGGUGUGCGUAUGAUUUCGGCAACUACUGCCCCGACUUUUUCUCGGACAUCAUCAACUGCGGCGGCUGCAACAGAGCCUGCUCCAGCGACCAACCCACCUGCGUGAACGGCACAUGCGCACCCUGCCCGGAGGACACUUUCGCGUGCUUCCCCGACCUUGGCGUGAAGUGCGCGAACUUGUCGUCCGAUGACGAGCACUGCGGGCAAUGCUUCGCAGCUUGCGACACGGCGGCCGGCGGCAAGUGCGUUGGCGGCGAGUGUGUCUGUCCCGCAAACCUGAGCGUGUGUCCCGGCUUGUCCUAUCUCUGCAUCGACACACAAAGCGACCGCGCGCACUGCGGCCGCUGCUUCCAGUCGUGCCCGUACAAGUGCGAGGGCGGCAAGUGCAUCGACUGCCCGCACGGCCUUACGGGGUGCGAUGGCGAGUGCACGAACUUGGCGAAUGACAACGGAAACUGCGGAAAGUGCCGCAACUUGUGCUCAACCGGCCAGAACUGCGUGGACGGCACCUGUGUCGGCGGCCCCUCCGGCUGUCCCCGCGACCAAGAGGUGUGCUCCGACGAGUGCAUUAAUGUCCAGAACGACAACCGGCACUGCGGAGCGUGCGAGAAACAGUGCGCGGCCGGCAAGAACUGUGUGAACGGCAAAUGCGUGUAAUGCUAUAUGACAAUGACAAUGACAAUGACAUGCAAGUGUUCCC